AAGUGAGGAGCGUCUCCACCUGGCAGCCACCCCGUCCGGGAGGGAGGUGGGGGGCAGCCCCCACCCGGCCAGCUGCCCCGUCCGGGAGGGAGGUGGGGGUUCAGCCCCCGCCCGGCCAGCCGCCCCGUCCGGGAGGGAGGUGGGGGGCGCCUCUGCCCGGCCACCCCUUCUGGGAAGUGAGGAGCCCCUCUGCCCAGCCACCACCCCGUCUGGGAGGUGUACCCAACAGCCCGUUGAGAACGGACCAUGAUGACGAUGGCGGUUUUGUGGAAUAGAAAAGGGGGAAAGGUGUGGAAAAGAUAGAGAAAUCAGAUUGUUGCUGUGUCUGUGUAGAAAGAAGUAGACAUGGGAGACUUCAUUUUGUUCUGUACUGGGAGGGGUUCUUCUGCCUUGGGAUGCUGUUGAUCUGUGACCUUGCCCCCAGCCCUGUGCUGUCUGGGGCAUGUGCUGUGUCCACUCAGGGUUAAAUGGAUUAAGGGCGGUGCAAGAUGUGCUUUGUUAAACAGAUGCUUGAAGGCAGCAUGCUCGUUAAGAGUCAUCACCACUCCCUAAUCUCAAGUACCCAGGGACACAAACAGUGUGGAAGGCCGCAGGGUCCUCUGCCUAGGAAAACCAGAGACCUUUGUUCACUUGUUUAUCUGUUGACCUUCCCUCCACUAUUGUCCUAUGACCCUGCCAAAUCCCCCUCUGCGAGAAACACCCAAGAAUGAUCAAUAAAAAACAAAAAACAAAAAAAGGAAGCAGAGUUGGACUUAGCGGGAAAAUAGGCGUGCUGCCACCUCAGGAGAGUUCCAGGGAAGAACCCCACCCCCACUCCAAUGAGGUCACAAUGGCUGGAGCUCUGAGGGGCCCAGGCUCCCUGAGCCAGGAGGAGAGGAGAAAGUCCAAGGGAAGAUGGCUGGCAGUCACCCCUACUUCAACCUGCCUGACUCCACACACCCAUCACCGCCCUCCGGUCCACCCAGCCUCCGCUGGCACCAGCGCUGCCAGCCCUCUGAUGCCACCAAUGGCCUGCUGGUGGCCCUGCUGGGUGGGGGCCUGCCUGCUGGCUUCGUGGGCCCCCUUUCUCGUAUGGCUUACCAGGCUUCCAACCUGCCGUCGCUGGAGCUGCUCAUCUGUCGAUGCCUUUUCCACCUCCCUAUUGCCCUGCUACUUAAACUGCGUGGCGACCCCCUUCUGGGACCUCCUGACAUCCGAGGCCAGGCCUGCUUCUGUGCCCUGCUCAACGUCCUCAGCAUUGGAUGUGCCUACAGUGCGGUUCAGGUGGUGCCCACUGGCAACGCUGCCACUGUUCUCAAAGGUUCUUCCACCGUCUGCUCCGCCGUCCUCACCCUCUGCCUUGAGAGCCAGGGUCUCAGUGGCUACGACUGGUGUGGACUGUUGGGCAGCAUCCUAGGACUAAUCAUCAUUGUGGGACCUGGACUCUGGACACUACAGGAGGGGACCAUGGGUGUCUACACCGCCCUGGGCUAUGUGCAGGCUUUCCUGGGAGGCCUGGCGCUGUCCCUGGGGCUUCUGGUCUAUCGUUCUCUGCACUUUCCCUCCUUCCUCCCAACAGUGGCCUUCCUAUCUGGCUUGGUGGGGCUGCUGGGCUCUGUACCAGGCCUCUUUGUGCUGCAUACCCCCGUGUUGCCUAGUGACCUCCUGAGUUGGAGUUGUGUGGGGGCAGUGGGGAUCCUCACCUUGGUCUCCUUCACAUGUGUGGGCUAUGCGGUCAUCAAGGCCCACCCUGCCCUGGUGUGUGCUGUCCUGCAUUCCGAGCUGGUGGUGGCCCUUAUACUGCAGUAUUAUAUGCUCCAUGAGACUGUGGCACCUUCUGACAUCAUGGGGGCAGGGGUUGUGCUGGGCAACAUUACCAUCAUUCCAGCCUGGAACCUCAGCUGUGAGAGGACGGGGAAGGUGGAGGAGUGAGAUAGAACUUGGGAGCCCAGGGGUUGAGAGGGACAGGGAUAAAUAAAGGCAAAGACUGAAGACGAAAAAAAAAAAUUAUAAUAAUAAACCCUAGGAAAGGGUGAAAGUCUAACUUCCAUAGCACAUUAUAAUAUUGAGAUGUUCAGUUAUAAUAAAAAUAUCACAAAGCGUGCAAACAAAUGAGAAAUCUGGCUCAUUUACAAGAAUAAAAUUAAUUGAACUAUCCUUAAGGAAUCCCAGACUUUGGACUUACUAGACAAAGACUAAACAAUUGUCUUAAAUAUGCACGAAGAGUUAAAAGACAACUAAAUGAAAUCAGAGAAAUGAUGUUUGAAUAAAAUGAGAAUAUCAAUAAAAAUAUAAAAAUUAUAGAAAGGAACCAGGUAGAAAUUUUGUAGCUGAAACGUGCGACAACUGAGAUGAGAAAUUCACUACAAGGGUUCGAUAGAGUUUGUUUGUUUUUUGUUUUUUGCUUUUUUUUUUCUGAGACAGAAUCUUGCUCUGUCACACAGGCUGGAGUGCAGUGGCAUGAUCUCAGCUCACUGUAACAUCCGCCUUCUGGGUUCAAGCAAUUCUCCUACAUCAGCCUCCUACGUAGCUGAGAUUACAGGUGCAUGCCACCACACGCAGCUAAUUUUUGUAUUUUUAGUAGAGAUGAGGUUUCACUGUGUUGGCCAGGCUGGUCUCAAACUCCUGACCUCGUGAUCCACCCGCCUCGGCCUACCAAAAUGCUGGGAUUGCAGGCAUUAGCCACCACGCCCAGCCUUCCAUAGAGUUUUUGAUCAGGCAGAAGAAAGGAUCAGCGAAUUUGAAGAUAGAAUUAUUGAAAUUAUCCACUCUGAGGAGCAUAAGGAAAAAGAAUAAAAAUAGUGAAUAGACUUCAAGACUUGUAGGAUACCAUCAAGUGGACCAACAUAUGGUUUAUGAGAGUCCUAGAAAAAAGCAAAAAAGUGUUUUAAAAAUGAGGGCUGAAAACAUCCCAGAUUUGAUGAAAGACAUAAGUCUACAAAUCCAAGAAGCCUCUACAACAACCUCUAAUACCAUAAACUCAAAGAGAUUCAUACCAAGACACAGUAUAUGAAAACUAUCAAAAAUCACAAAGAAUCUUGAAAGUAGCAAGAGAAUCAACUCGUCACAUUACAAGGGAUCCUAAAUGAGAUUAUCAACUAAUUUUUAAUUAGAAUUAAUGGAGGCCAGAAGACAAUGGGAUGGUAUACUUUAAAUGUUGAAAGAAAAUAACCUGUCAACUGAGAAUUAUAUAUCCAGCAAAACUGUCCUUCAAAAAAUAAGGGAGAAAUUAAGACAUGCCUAGAUUUUUAAAAAGCUUAGGGAGCUUGUUACUGCAAGAUAUGCCUGACAAGAAAUGCUAAAGGGGGUCCUUCAGUGAGAUGAAAGAACACUAGACAGUAACUCGAACCCAUGUGAAGAAAGAAAUAUCUCCACGACAGAUAAAUUCUAGGGCAAAUAUAAAAACCAGUAUUAUUAUAACUUUAUAACAUCAGUUUUUAUUUUCCAUAGGAAUUAAAAGACAAAAACAUAAAAAAGCAAUUAUAAAUCUAUGUUAGGGAGCUUGUUACCAGUAGAUUUGCCAUACAAGAAAUGCUAAAGGGAGUCCUUGAAGGUGAAAUGAAAGGGUGGUAGACAGUAACUCAAACCUGAGUGAAGAAAUAAAUAUUUCUGGUUGCUAUGGUUUGAAUGUCCCCUCUGAAAUGCAUGUUGAAAUUUAAUUGCCAUUGUGAUGGUAUUAAGAGGUGGAAUCUUUAAGAGAUGAUUAGGUCAUAAGGGCUCUGCCCUCAUAUGUGGAUUAAUGCCAUUAUCAUGGGAGUGAGUUAGUUAUCAUGGAAGUGGGUUCCUGAUAAAAAAGAUUCUGAAAUUCAGCCCUGAUCCUUUUCUGUCUCACACACUGUCUUGUCCUUCCACCUUUUGCCAUGGGAUGAGGCAGCACAAAGGCCCUCACCAGAUGCUGGCACCAUGCUCUUGGACUUCCCAGCUUCCAGAGCCUUGAGCCAGAUAAACUUGUAUAUAAAUUAUCCAGUCUGUAGUACUCUGUUAUAGUAGCAGAAAAAUGGACUAAGACACUGGUAAAGUAAAUACAAUGGCAAACAUAAAAAAACAGUAUUAAUGUAAUUUUGGCUUGUAACUCCACUUUUUAUUUUCUAAGGAAUCAAAAGACAGACAUAAAAAUAAAUGUUAUUGAGCACUCAAUGUAUAAAGAUUUGGGACAUCAAUAACAAAGGGCGUGGGACAGAGCUGUAUAGGCAUACGUUUUUCUACACUAUUAAAGUUAACUUGGAAUAAGUUUAGAUUAGACUGUUUAAACUUUAGGUUGUUAUGUGUAAUGCUUAUGGUAACCACAAGGAAAAUAUCUAUGGAAAACACAAGAAGAAAUGAGAAGGGAAUCAAAAGAUAUCACUACCAAAAAUACAUAAACUAAGCACAAAAGACAGUCGUUAUGGGGAAAACGAGUGGCAAGAAAGUAACAAAACAUACAGAAAAGAAGUAACAAAACAGCAGAAGUCCUUAUCAGUGAUUACAUUAAAUGUAAUCACUUUUC